AUGGGAUCUUAUAACAAUAUGAAUCGACCUUCGCCCGCAAUCACUCCGUUGCUUAUCAGCGACGCGACAAGAGACCUGGUUCUAAGCACACGGCUGCCCGAGCAAAUCAAACAGAAGUUCGCAGAACGAUCACUGCUAGAUCACGCUUACAUUCCAACGAGCGUCCUACCUCAAGAGAACGAAAUCGAUGUGGAAGUCUACGAUGAUAUCUUUGAGCUUUUACAAGGACACAAUGACAUGACGAGCCAGAAAGCGAUGUUCUUUCUUCUUGCCGACAUCGGCUAUGAGCUCGGAUAUACGAUCAGACAACUCGCUCGUGAAGGCCCCGCAGAUGAUGAGAACGGUGUCGCAGACUUGGUGUUGCUUAGGCCAGUGGAGGCAGAACCAGGCGCCACGUUACGGGCUACCCUGGAUGCCGUCAACCCACGUCAGUUCCCAACACCACAAACUUAUGAAGGCCACAAUGCAAACGUGGACUGCAAAUUCACCUGCCCCAUCCCACCCCGUGUCAGCAGUGUCGUCACAUUUGGAUUCUGGCACUCGAUGACACGACACCUCCGAACUGCCCACCAUUUCUCAGCGGCGGACACUUCAGAAUUAACAAAUAAUGUAACCAUGUCACAUCUGAAACAAUUGUUCGGUCCAUAUCUCAUCACUGAUCUCGAAACUGCGCUAAGACCGAAGCGGAGGAUCAAAAAGAGCUCAGUGGUCAUUGGAGAAAAGCCGGGAGAACGCUUGUCGGGUAUUGACGAGCAGAAGGCGGAUACUUCUCAACGCCACACAGACACUGCUUCUGCUGAGCCUGAAGCAGGGCAACUGGGCGUCACGCGAUUCCCUUUCAUGGAGGCCAUGCUGGAUGCCAUGGACAGGGAGGACGAAGAAAAUGGCACAUACGUGCGAGGGUCUUAA